UUUAUUGAUUUAUUUCAAUUAUCGACAGAAAUUCCGGUGAAAUUCGUUUGAAAACAUACAUUUUUCUUGGCCUCGCCUACGGUAGUGUAUUUGCCGCACAAUUAUGAGUGGUAAUCGUGGAAAUUUCAGCUUUUCUAUGCGUCGAGCCGGGCAGCUUGCUGGAUCACUCGGUGGGCGCCAGCAGCAGCAACAGCAACAACAACCACAGGCACAAAAGAAUUUUUCUCUCAAUGCUGUUCCCCCUCCCAGCUCACUGUGUGGCCGCGGAUCUGGAUUUCCACCACCGAAGUCAUAUAACCAACAAAAUGCCGGUUCUGUGUCCAAACACGGUUAUCAUACCAUGGAUGCAAUUGCAGCGUAUUCCAACUCCUCGUCUACCUACAGUUUAGGAAAAAGACGAGGGCGAACCGAAGAUGAAAGUUACUUCGAAGAGGAGGAAGAACCUUCUGCCCAGCUGGAGUACAUCCCUGCACCCGGGUCCCCUUCGGCAGCAGGAACACAAAAGAAGGAUUCGGACAAUGAUGAUGACGAGGACGAUGAUGACCCACUGGAUGCUUUUAUGGCGGGAAUCGAAGCGCAGGUUGAACGGGAGAAGAAGAAGGUACCGGAACCGAACGUCGAUCCGAAGAAGGGUGUUCGAGGCGACAUUGACGACGAGGACGAUGAAGAAAGCUACUAUCGCUACAUGGAAGAAAAUCCAAAUGCUGGUUUGUUAGAUGCAGAUGGAUCCGAUGCAGAACAAGAAUAUGACGCUGAAGGUAAUCCAGUGCACACCAGGAAACGGGACAUCGAUCCACUUCCAAUGAUCUACCAUUCGGAAAUUGAUUAUGAUAAGUUCGAGAAAAAUUUCUAUACUCCUCACGAGGACAUUGUAGGGCUCAGCCAUGCCAAAACACAGGAACUGCGUAAUAAGUUGGGCGUUCGGGUUUCUGGUUUGAUGCCGCCGGCCCCGGUAACUAGCUUUGCUCACUUUGGCUUCGAUGAAUCGUUGAUGAAAGCCAUUCGAAAAUCAGAAUACACGCAACCAACGCCAAUCCAGGCCCAGGGGGUGCCGGCUGCACUCAGUGGUCGUGACAUAAUCGGUAUUGCCAAAACGGGAAGCGGUAAAACGGCAGCUUUUCUGUGGCCCAUGUUGGUGCACAUAAUGGAUCAGAAGGAGCUUGGUGCCGGUGAUGGACCCAUCGGGCUGAUUUUGGCCCCGACCCGUGAAUUGUCACUGCAAAUCUACCAGGAAGCGAAGAAGUUUGGCAAGGUCUACAAUAUUAGUGUUUGCUGCUGCUACGGAGGAGGAUCUAAGUGGGAGCAAAGCAAGGCCUUGGAGCUGGGCGCUGAAAUCGUGGUAGCCACUCCAGGUCGUAUGAUCGAUAUGGUUAAGAUGAAAGCUACUAAUUUAAGGCGUGUCACCUAUUUGGUGCUGGAUGAGGCUGAUAAAAUGUUUAACAUGGGCUUCGAGCCGCAGGUUCGCUCAAUCUGCAAUCAUGUCCGUCCCGAUCGGCAGACACUGCUGUUCAGUGCAACUUUUAAGAAACGGAUCGAACGCCUAGCUCGUGACGUGCUCACCGAUCCCGUAAGGAUUAUUCACGGUGAUCUGGGAGAAGCUAACGAGGACAUUACGCAACACGUAAUUUUGUUCAGCAAUCCGGCACAUAAAUGGAAUUGGCUGAUGGCAAACAUGGUUCAAAUCCUUUCCGAAGGAAGCGUGCUGAUUUUCGUCACGAAGAAAGCUGAUGCUGAGCAGGUUGCCAACAACAUUCGUUUGAAAGAAUAUGAUCCGGUUCUACUGCAUGGUGACAUGGAUCAGACCGACCGCAACACGGUAAUCACCAAAUUUAAACGUCGCGAGGUGGAAAUAAUGGUCGCAACCGACGUGGCCGCUCGUGGUCUUGACAUCCCGCACAUCAGAACCGUCAUCAACUACGACAUUGCACGAGAUAUUGACACUCACACACAUCGCAUUGGUCGAACUGGUCGAGCUGGCGAGAAGGGAACGGCUUACACACUGGUUUUGGACAAGGAUAAAGAAUUUGCUGGCCAUUUAGUGAGAAAUCUAGAGGGAGCAAAUCAACCCGUUCCGGACGAUCUACUGAGCCUGGCAAUGGAAAGUUCAUGGUUCCGAAACUCCCGGUUCAAGCAAAAUAAUAAAGCUAAAAAUUUGAACGUCGGAGGGGCCGGCCUUGGUUUCCGCGUGCGACCAGCACCCACCGGACCGCUACGCUCCGGCUCGGAUGGUCCUUGUUCUUCGUCCGGCGCUAGUGGUACCGCUAAACCGAUGGAUCGGCUUUCGGCAAUGCGUGACACCUUCCGCGCCCAGUACAACGCACAAUUUAAGGCUUCCUCCGAUAGAACCUGGGAAAACACCAUCCCCGAAGGAGGUGUUUUCGCAAAACCGCCAAUGGCAGGCUUUGUGCCAGCGUCCAGUGCCGCCAGUGGUAACGGCGGAGAAGUUUCGCAAAACCGUCCUGGCGACGAUCGCAAUCAGCAACAGCAGCAACAACAACCGAGCGGCGAGGAUCGACCACGGAAAAAGAAGAGUAGAUGGGAUUAGAUGCAUCUUAGGAUGAUACUAAUGGUAAGGUUGUAAACGAUUGUAUCUUCAUUUUUUUUAAAUUAUAUAUUCAGUGUCGUUGACUUUUGUUUCUGUUCGCUAAAGCAAGCAUCAAUUGUGAAGAAUUGACUGUGGAACGUCAAGUGAAAUCAUUGCUACUACGUAUGAAAUAAAGUCUUCGUAAUCAUUCUAGAUUGUAACCAGCUACAGAAACUUCAUUCGGAGUCCGAUUCAAUUUAAUAACAGAUCUAUGUAAUAAAGUUGA